AUGCCUAUCGCAUUGUGCGCUCAGUACAGCCAGGUGGGGGGGAUGGCCUCGAGUGAUAUGCAUGAAUUCAUGCCUAUCAACGGCGGUAAAACCGCUUUGAUGACCGUGUACCAGCAACGCCAGUUCGAUAUGAGUCCAUGGAAUAUCAAAACAGGGGUUGGAUGGGUGAUGGAGAGCGUAUUCCAGGAAGUCGAUAUCGAGACCAGCAAAGUGCUGUUUGAAUGGCGCUCUCUUGACCAUGUCGAUCCCUCCAACAGUUACACCUUGCCCAGUGCAACCGACACCUCGGGAACCGGGCUACAUGUGAGCGAACCUUGGGAUUACUUCCACAUCAACUCGAUCGACAAAAACGCAGAUGGAGACUACUUGAUUUCCUCAAGGCAUACAAGUGCCAUUUAUAAGGUCUCCGGCAAAAACGGCUCCGUGAUCUGGAGGCUCCAUGGUUCUAACCCGACAUUCCGAAAUAUCAACUUCAGCUUUUCGCAGCAACACGAUGCACGGUGGUUAUAUGAAAACAAAACUCACAGUGUGGUCUCGCUCUACAACAACGGCUACAAUGGUUUCAACCAAACGCACCCUUACUCGAGCGGCAUGGUUAUUCUUAUCGAUCACAUCGAGAAAACGGCUCUGCAAGUCCGAGAGUAUCUACCAAAAAUCCCUGGUUUGGUAAGUUCCAGCCAGGGUAAUCUACAACGGCUUCCAAACAAUAACGUCUUCAUGGGAUGGGGUAACAAUGUGUUUGUCUCAGAGCACAGCGAAGAGGGCGAAUUAGUCCUUUGGGCGUCAUUUGCCGAAGCCCCGGUGAUGAACUACCGUGCUAUGAAAUUCGAGUGGGAGGGCAAUCCGACCGAUUCCCCUGCGCUAUGGACAUACUCUCGAACCAGCGAACCUUUCUCUCCCACGACAUUCUAUGCCAGCUGGAACGGUGCCACGCGCAUUAAGAGCUGGCGAUUCUACGGAGCGCAUGACAAGGACGGGUCUUGGACUUUGCUAGACGACAUCGACAAAGCAGGCUUCGAAACCGAGUACCACAACGCCACCUUCUUCCCCUGGACUCGAGCUGAGGCGGUCAACAAGGACGGCGUUAUCUUGGGUAAGUCGGAAGUGAAGUACACUUUCGUCCCGUCACCAGACCUGAGCCUGUUCUGCCAAGAUGAGACCUGCGCCGACGCCCCCGCAUACGGGCUCCCAGACGAAGGCGACGCUCCGAUCACGAUCCCGCCCGUGGGCGUAAGCACUGUGCCUUGGGUGGACCUGGAAAAUGGCGGGACAUAUCCAUCGGGUUUCCCCCACGUGGAUGCAGAGAACGAGGCUGCGGAGCACGACAGGCAGGGGAAAAAGCAAGUCCUCAGCUGGAGUGCUGCAGUACUCUUCUUCGGUAUUCUGGGCCCACUCUAUUUCAUCUACCGCCGGUAUCAACGGCACCAACGGCAGGAUCUUUGCAAUGAUGAUGCCGAGUCCGCAGAAUCGCUUACGGGGAGGAGCAACCAGAAUAAAACCCCUGCGAAUCCUAAUGUUCUUCCAUGGUGGAAUUGGCGCCGAUGGGCUGGAGAGAAAAAUACCAGCGGUCCCUAUUUCGCGCUGUCGGAUCACAAUUACCCUCCUACCUACGAACAGAGACGAGCAAGAAUGGAUCGAAGGGAUUGA